GAGUCCAUAAAAUGAAUAACUUCCGUAUAACCUUUCAUUACACUAGACUUACAUAAUCACUUCCUUUCGUAGGAGCAUUCGCCUCCGGGGUAAUUUUAGAAAGCAUGAUUUAAACACCCAGCACCCGUGAUGAGUUAGUGAAACGUAUUGUUUAUAUCGUUACUGGACAGGUUGUCCCGUUAAGCCGAUAAUAGUGAUAACACGGUAACACAUAAUAAGGCCAGUGUGGAAAGAGCAUGGCUGAAGCCCAGAAGCAAGCCAGAGUUUUCCUGGAGCUCAGACAGCGGUUAGAGAGCGGGCUGCUGGUAUUAAGGGCAGAUGUUGCUGGAGACCCUGCAGAUGUCUCCGUGUCUGCUGGUGACGCGUCUCUGCUUAUAAAGACAUCAACGGAGCUGCUAUGCACUCUGCUACCACCAGGGGUCACUCUUGUACCAGGAUCCUGCAGGGUGGCCCAUACGGCCACAGGAGAGGGGCUGCACCUGAGACUGCGUCUGGAGGUGGACCAGCACACAGAGGUCCCCAGGAGUGUGUUUGCCAAGCUGCGUGUUCAGCAGAGUCAUGCUUUCUGCUGUCAGCACUGUGGUCAGACUCUGCUGCCAGCCAGAACCUUCCGAAGGGUCCUCCCCCUGCCCACCGGGAACUGGAACGCACUGGUGGACUGGUGCUGUCACCCCGAUCCCUUUGCCAACAAGAAGUUGCUCCCCAGACAAGAGGACUGUUUACUGGGGGACACCUUUGUCCUGCUGGCAUGUGAUGGGGACGCGGGUGGGCGGCUCGUACAGAUGCCUGCCCCCGCCGACCUGGAACAUGGAUCAGACCCUGUGCAGAAGGUGUCCAGAAGUGAGGUGGUGCUGUGUUCCAGCUGCCGGGCGAUGCUUGGGGAGGCCGUGGCUGCAGGGGCGCUGAGGCUGUACAUCACGGAGGUGACAGUGAGGGAAGUGGCCGAGGACGGGGACAGUGACCUCAGGACGCACAGACACCUCUUCCUGGAGCAGACGCUUGCCGCCAGGCUGGUGGAGCUGUCCGGCACGCAGAGCAUCUUCCGCUUCUGCAUCCAGACUCCCAGCGGGAAGGCCUACGUCCUGCUUUGGCUGCUAAACACAGAUACUCUCCUGGCUUCUCUGUCCGACCCCGGAGACGGUCCCCACGGUGUGCAGCCAUCGUGUGAAGCCAGGGGUGCUGUCAAAGUGCUCUACCUUGCCUGCCUUCCCAGCAUGCACCAGGAGAUAACUGAGGCCUGGGAGAAGGAUGUGGGCGUUCAUCCCCUCUCUCUGCCCUCAUCCACCUGCCAGGAAGUGAUGCAGCUCCUGACUGCCAGCACUUCCUCUCUGCCGCCGUCUCUGCGCACGAUGAACUCCUUUCAGGUGGCGUUCCUAACCCUCUGAAGCUGGACGCCCAGGGACGUGUCGCCGUGCGAGUGUCCGGCCCGGGGCCCGGCGGUCCCCGCACGUCUGCUUGUGACAUUAUCCUGACCUUGAUUAAACGCUCAUUUUGUUACGCUCUGUGUUUUAUUCAGGACGUAAACUGAUCCUCACUUGGUUGCACGCAAACAUGCACUGACGCAUUUGCUGCAUGACCUUCUCUGUGGGAUUUUCCUUCAGCUUGAGACUUUAUUGGAGUGUUUAAAACUUGCUGUAAUCAGGCUGGCUGUGAAAAACGGUGCCCUCUGUCUAAAGGCUGAUUGAUAUUCCUGCAUAGAAACUAUGCAGCUCAUUGGAGGCUGGCUGUUUGUACCAUGGUUGCAGCUGUUCACUUUAUUUAAAAAAAAAAAAUACAGUUGCAGCCAUUCCUGCUGCGGUUGCACAAUACUGUAAAAU